AUGGCUUCGCAUACCACAAAGACCGACUCCCGCUUCUCUCUGUCCACCCUUCUCUCGCCUCCGGAACCCUCCAAGCCCGACAGCUUCUCCGACGACUCUCCAAUGGCUGCGCAGUCAGCCCACUUUGGCGCCCGGCCCGCCUCAAUGUUCGACUCCUCCAGCAUGAAGCACUUCACCAGCGUCCACGCUCCAGGCAGCAACAUGCGCAGCAAGGGUCUCCCGCCCUCGCCACCCGUCUCACCCUUUGACAAUCUGCACAAGGAGAGCUCGGUGGAGGACACAAGCAGGGACCCGCCGCUGUUCCCCGACACGGCCAGCGACAAGGACGGCGCCGCCCUGCCUCUGUUCCCCGGCGGCAGUGCGGCGGCCGACUCCACCCACGAUCUCGCCAUCAAGCACCACAUGGCCCACCCGGGCUGGAGAAAGGCCAUGGUCCGCCCGACUCAGGACGAGUACGAGCUGGCCCUGCAAUGCCAAUCUAUCGCCUUCCACUCCGUCUGCGAGGACCAGUUCAAAAAGGAUCCCCACGCCUACAUGAGGAACGAGCGGGCCUACCUCGACGAGGUUUACAGGCCGAAGAAGAAUGCCGGACGAGCCCCCCUCAGGACGCUGGCUCCUGCCCCUGCGGGAGUUCGGAAGCAGAAGAUGGUCGGUGCGAGAUCACCUCGCGGGCCACGCGCUACGAAGCGAACCCCCAAGGCCAUUGUCCUUGACUCAUUCGAGCCUAAGCCUGCGACCCCCAAGGCGCCGAGGGUGAUGGCGCCAAAGGAGGACAUUGACUUUGAUCUGCUGCCGGACUAUUCCCCGCCCCUAUCCUCGCUGCCGGAAGAUGGCAGAAAGGGGCUGAAAGCAGAUUGGAAGGGCACGCCCGUCGACCUGUCCAGUGACCCCCACAGGCACCUGCUCCACCCCUCCGAGGUGAACGUAGCCUCCAUUCUGCGCCUCAAUUGUGCGACCUACCUCUCCAACAAGCGACGCAUCUUUGCGGCCCGCGUCAAGGCUCUCAUCAAGGGCGAGGACUUCAACAAGACCAAGGCGCAACAGGCCUGCAAAAUUGACGUUAACAAGGCCAGCAAGCUGUGGGCCGCCUACGACAGGGUCGGCUGGUUCAAGCCUUCGUUAUUUACGGAGUAUCUCGACAACUUUGUCGACAUCCCACCGAAUUGA